AUGGUUUUCACCUUUACAUCAGUACGGCCGCCGCCGCCACAAAAGCCACCUGAACCACCAGAUGACCAACACCGUGAUUACUCAAGAUCAAAUGAAGACACCAUCAAGGUGUCGUUUCGAGAUAAGGUGCUGGGAACUAAAAUGCAUGCGGUUAGAGAAAAAGUUGAUCUCAUCGCGAACAACAUGGCAAAGAUUGAACUUGUACAAGGUAAUCGUUUGAUGCCUAUGCUUCAUGUGGAGAAGAUGGUUAUGGAAGAUUUGAGUACACCUUGGAAGGAUGCGCUAGUGGUUAAACUCCUCGGCAAAAAUCUUGGAUACAACACUAUGAAGAACAAACUAGAGAACAUUUGGAAACUCAUGGGAGGAAUUGAGUUAAUGGACGUCAGAAAUGCUUUUUACAUGGUCAAGUUUGAUGGAGAGGAAGACAAAAACAAAGUCAUCAAUGAAGGUCCAUGGAUGAUAUAUGAUCGUUAUUUGAUGGUGCGACAAUGGACACCUAAUUUUAAUGCUUCCACCGCAAAGAUUGACAAAACCAUGGCGUGGAUAUGA